UGAAAAAUAGGAACGGACUGGACUCUCCAUAAAUCACCAAGAAAGCUGGUUCAUGUAAAUGAUGGACCAGCCUUCUUCUUCUCCCUCCGUCCAUUUGACAGAGCUUCCGCAGAUCUCAAAUAGAACACCAACACGGUAACACAUACACACAUACAUACAACAUGUCUUUCCUUGGUUUCGGUUCUCAACCCCAAAUUUCCACUGAACAAAAGAUUGCAGCUGCUGAAGCUGAGUUGGACAUGAUCACAACCAUGUUCAACCAGCUUUUAGACUCCUGUUACAGAAAGUGUUUUGACAAGAACUACACUUCUGAAGACUUGACCCAAACUGAAUCCUUGUGUGUGGACAGAUGUGUCUCUAAGUAUUUUGCUGCCAAUGUCAAGGUCAGUGAGUCGAUGCAAACUGUGGGUAAGUCUGGUGUUCUUGCAAAGAAAUAAGCUUCCUCAUGUCCAGAGUUGAUUGAAAUAACAAAUUUUUUAUCAUUAGAGAAGAUCUGUUCAUUUAUAUCUAUUUACACAUAUAUAUAUAUCUCGUGUGAAGAUA